AUGGAUACUCAGCCUCCCUCAUCAAAGGCGUAUCUGGCGCGUAUGCCCUUAGAAGUCCUGACAAGAAUCACUUACUUUGUCAGGACACCCGACCUUUGCAACGCGCGCUUGACGUGCAAAUGGUUGGAAAGCGCCCUCUUCCACUCGUUUGCCUACGAGUUCUUUCGGAAAAAGCAGUUCAUGGUAUACGGCCCCAGUCUCCAGGUCCUCGUUGACAUAUCCAAACACCCGAGCCUUUCGCCCUACUUGAAGCAUGUAAUCAUCGGCGCGGACCAAAUCCUCCCACCGCACAGAAUUCUCUCCGGGCACGACGAUAAGGAAUCGCUGAACUGGCACCUUGCAUACGCUGACCAACAAACACUGUUGGCAUCAGGCCGUGCUCGGGACAUGCUGGUCGAAGCGUUCAAGAACCUACUCAACCUCGAGACUGUCGAUCUUCGAGAUUUCCACUCCUCCUCUCGGACCCGCGACGGCAACGCGACUUGGUCCAGCUAUGGCUAUAAUACUCUGCUUGAAACCACCGGUGUGAAGCAUUUUACCGGACAGCCGCGGGCUGGCGAAGAGGAUUAUCCGACUCGCUUGUUCGUGCUUAUCACCCAUGCCUUGGCUGCUGCUAAAGCACGCCCGGAGGGCAUCGAAGUGGUUAUCAGAGAGAACUGGGCAGUUCGAGACCACGGCUUUCUAGUUCCUACUUACCUGGAGCCAGAUUUCCUGCCGGUUCUGGCUGGACUCAAGAAGCUCCAUCUUGUUCUUGAUAUAAAUCAAGCCACACACGGAGACGUCGAGAUUCAAUACCUCCUUUUCAAAAGGUUCCUUGCGCACACACCCAAUCUUACCUGGCUGAGAAUCAACUUCAGGAGACAAAUUUCACACUAUGGAGAGGAAGAGGCUUUGCUUAAGUGGCUCGCCAGUUCCCUUCGUCCUGGCACCUGGUCAUCUCCUGGCCUCAUUAACGCCGAUCCUUCCCGUUUGCCACCACCCGUCGAGCUCGACCACCUGGAACAGCUGGACAUUGGACAAGUCAGUGUUUCGGCAAACACGCUUUCUCGCCUAUUUCGCAAGUUCUCGCCCACGUUGAAAGCGAUUAGCCUGCGCAGGGUAAAAAUGCAGCAAAACUCUGACCAACAGACAUUCGACAAGGAUGACGAUGAGCAGAACCCAUGGAUCAAAUUUUUGCGCAGCCUUAAGAAGGAGUCGCUUCCACAUCUUCGAGAAUUGAACCUGAGUUUCUUGGAGGCUGUGGUCAGGUCCAAUACUUCCGGGGCCACACUCGACUACCCAGUAGUGGGAUUUGUCAAUCCAGACGAGGCCGAGAAACAGAACGGCAUUUCAGCAACAGGGUAUCAAAACCUACAGGGGAUGGUCCAAGUCAUAAGGGAUAGGACCUACACUGGCCUGAAGCUGGAGACGUUCCUGAGCAAUCCUGCCGCAGACAUAGCUACACCUAGCAAACACAUCGAAGGCGUUGCGAGGUUGAAGAUACCCAAUACCCGCUAA